CAUCUCUUUGUUCUUUUGUUUGUCGUCUAACUUCGAUGCCAAAUCGAGGAGUUUGGAUCCGAAUAAGAGCAAUCGCGGGAUGAUGAAGGAGCGACUCGCUGCAAUUUCUCGAAUGGCCAUUUCAUGUUAGCCAGCCGCUAGCCAGCUUCUAGCUAUUUGCAUGACAACAGCGAAACCUGAUAUUAGCCAUUAUUACACAUUCACAUCGCUAAUAUUAGCUGGCUUUAUACGAGAAACAGAUGUUCCGAGCACCAUGCUUAGUAAGUGAAGCGGUGGCGAUGGACGGGAAAGGACCCUACCGGAUCUAUGACCCUGGCGGGAGUGAGGCCAAGGCCAGAGAGGACUUCAGCUACCGCCAGCUCCUGGAGGAGAACGGCAUACUGAGGGAGAGGAUGAAGGGGCUGAAAAGCUUAGGAUGCCAGUUUGAUCCUGUCGGUCGCUUCGGCGACCUGCUGGAGGAGUCCCAGACGGAGGCCUCGCGACUGCGUCAGAGGGUGGAGGAGCUGGUCCGGGACAACGAGGCCCUCAAGUCCUCCAUCUUCACCACCAGCCUCUGCACGGGAGGAGAGAGAGACCGGGGAGGAGAGAGAGACCGGGUUGGAGAGAGGGACCGGGUUGGAGAGAGGGACCGGGGAGGAGAGAGAGACCGGGUUGGAGAGAGAGACCGGGGUGGGCCGAGCGAAGCCCAGCUCACGCCUCACAGGCUUUCAGCCAAAGCCCACGCGCUCAUCAGCCAGGAGCUGAAGGAAGACCCGGCGUGUUCCUCGGGCAAGGCCCUGCAGCCCGAGAAGCCUCUGGAGGGCCUCACAGAAGAUGAACUGGUACAUUUAGAACACAAGGCGUUGGAAGGUCACAGUACGGCGGCGGCUGCGGCGGCGGCGGCCCUGGGGGUGGUGGCGGCGCAUCAGCCCCAGGACAACAUGGAGCUGGCUAGCCAGCUGCAGCGGCUGGAAAGCUCCUUCAGCGUGUUCGCAGAGGAGUCCAACCCCAACCAGCUGCUGGCCCACCUGGGCCGCAUGGCCGUGGAGUUCCACCACCUGUCCUCCAAGGUGCAGAAGAACGAGCAGCGCACCUCACUCCUGCAGACACUGUGUGAGCAGCUCAGACAGGAGAACAAUGAGCUUCGAAAGAAAAUGGAAGAAGAUCAUCAGUUCAGGAAUCGAGACUUGGAACAACUGAGGCUUGAGAACCAGAAGCUGAAGGAGCUGGUGACCGGCGGGGCGGACCCAGCGGUUCAGACAGACAGUGAGCCAGAAGACGCCAAGGAGGAGCCAGUGAAGGAGGAAUCCCCCAGCGUCAGAUCCAAGAUGGAAAUGACCACUCCAUCCAAGAGUGCGAAAGCUGCGGAGAAAACCCCCGUGAAGUCAUGUGACCCGGAGGUGUACGAAAAGAAGAUCAAGCUUUUGGAGAAACAGAGAAAGGAUGUGCUGGAGGUGAACAAGCAGUGGGACGUCCAGUGGAACAACAUGAAGACCCAGUUUGAGCAGAAGAUCACAGACCUCCGGCAGCGGCUGGCUGACUCCCAGAAGGCGGUGGUGGAGCUGGAGGCGGAGCGGGAACAGCGGCAGCGGGACUACGACAAGAAGCUCCUGCUGGCCAAGUCCAAGAUCGAGAACGUCCAGGGCGAGAAGGAGUGUCUGAACUCGGAGACGACGGAGCUGAAGCAGAAGGUGCGCUACCUUCAGGACCAGCUGCUGCCGCUCAGCAAGCAGAGGGAGUACCAGGAGAAGGAGAUCCAGCGGCUCAACAGGGCGUUGGAGGAGGCCCUGAACCUGCAUCCCCCCGCCGCCUCCCAGCCCCCACCGGGCCAGGGUAACCACGGCGACGCCGCCAGCAACCUGAAGAAGCAGGAACUGCUGACUCAGGUGGCGGUGCUCAAGGAGCAGGUGAAGAUCUUUGAAGAGGACUUCAGGAAAGAGAGGAGCGACCGGGAGCGAAUGAACGAGGAGAAGGAGGAUUUGAGGAGACAAGUGGAGCGGCUUCAGGGUCAAAUGACGAAUUUAACCAAUCAGCUCCACCAGGCACAGAAUGAGUGCCAGAGAGAACGGACGGAAAGGUGUAAGCUGGAGAGACUGCAGAUGCAGCACCACAAACAGGUGGGCGCUGGGCAGGGCCUGGAGGGCUGGCCUGUACACUUCCCCCCCCGGAUGCCCAACGCAGCGGGCGCUACGGCCGCCGCCGCUGCCGCCGCCGCCGCCGCAGCCAACGCGGCAGCACCGCCCCCCGGACGCGACCCGGGUUUUCCUUGGCAGUCGUCCUUCCCACAGCCCAGAGGGUCCAGAGUCACCGGGGAGGGUUCGAGACCCCCGCCAGAGACCACAGAUCAGUCAACGGCGGCAGGAUUCGGAAAAAGGGAAAGACAGAACCUUGACCCUGGAAAGCACUAGAAGCAUCACUGAUCCAACCAAAUGAAGCUUGGGUAGUAGCAUGAUUCAGUUUGUUUUGAUUUGACAAGGUGUAAUUUGAACUAUAAUUUUCCUACUGAACUGUAGAUAUCGGAAUGUUGUUUAUACUUGCGUUUUAUAAGCCUAUUUGUGAAACACUGUUUUCGCUAUUCUGAAUAUAUAUACAUGAUAUAUUGUUUAGAUUUUUUUAAACUUAUUAUUUUUGAGACUCAAUCUGCUUCAUAUGAUUCUAUGCAGGAACCGAAGUCAUUUGUUAAAUAGGUUGGAAACUAUCAACAUACUUUUUUUUUUUCUGACAAUAUACCUACGUGAUUGUCUCUGCAGAAAUGUAACAACUUCACAUACCUAGUUUGUUACUCGUUGAGUUAAACGGAAGCCAUUCCCGAUUUAAGAACAAGACCACAUAUAUUCAUUCCAUCGAGAAUGAUUAUGUAGGUACAUUGAAUCAUAGACAUUGUAAUGUGAAUGUUAUAUCAUUUAUGAUGAUUUCUUCAGUACCAUUGAUGUUCUAGACCUGUCCCAUAUGUGUAACUGUUCAAAAGUGAUUGUUGAAAUACUAAAAUUUUGGGAAAUUAAUUUUGAUGGUAUCAUGGCAAAAAAUACAUGAUUGUGAUUAUUGAUAAUUUAUUUAUAAUCUAAUGUUUUGAUAGUUGCAUUGACUCAGUGUAAAUCAUUGUCUUUAGUAAUGCUGUUCUUUCUAUGUUGUUACUGUAAUCCCAAUAUAUUGUAGCUAUUGGCAUUGUAUGUUUGUAUCAGACACACAAUACUCGACAAAACAGCACAUACACAUACAAACGCGUUUUUUCACUCUAAUGGACCUAAUCUCAUAAAAACCAACACUUUAAUUUACCGCACCCGAUUUAAUGAUUUGGUCACUUGUUCUUACCUUUCCUUUAUCCUUCAGCAUCCUAUACCGUUGUCCAUAACAAAUUCCCAUCCUUUGUAGAGAUUAGCCAAUUGAACCCCUUCCCCACUUCUCUCCCCCAACUCUGUGAACAAUUGAUCUGCUUCCUCUCAUUCCUUCAAACAAACAAGGUCACUUGCGGUGAGUCAAAUAACGAUUUAAGAUCAGGAAGAUGACCCUCCCCCCCCCCCUCAUCAUAUGGUUGUCUUGUCGCAGUGACGAGGAAGAUUUUCAGUUGUCUUUUAGAACACACGACCUUGUGUUGCAGCAGUAUCAACGUGUGUUUGUGUGUGUGUCAUGUCAAUGACCAGCAACAGAGUCCUCGAUGACCUGCUGCAACACUCGGCCCAGUACUGAAAACAAGCCCAGCUUCAGACACACAGCCAUUUGAAAUGGUUUACUCGCUAUGUUAACUCCUUUCACUUUUUGUUUUGGUUUGAUCCACAAUUUAGCUCAGUAUUCAUACAGUUUCCCCUAGUAUGUAUUGCAGAAGACGGGAUGGCGGGCUUCAAAUUGUCUGUAGAUUAUUUGGGACAACUUUUUUUAAUCCAACAAUUUAUUGGGAACAAAUCCUCACUGGUGGGAGCUGAAUUGAGACAUUAGCUGAAUUGCACUUUGAAAGGUACGCUGUAAUUAUUGGCAGUUGUAUUUUCUUGGUUUGUAGCCUAGUUAUGUUUUUCUUGUUCCUUUUUGCUGUAGGCAAAAGCACAUCUUAUGUGAGACUUUUUGUAUUUGACCAGCUUAAUAAAUAUUCUAAAUGUC